AUGUUUCCUGUAACAUUGAGUUGUAUGAUUGCCACUGCAAUUAUCUUGCUGUCAUGCCCUCUGUUUUUAGAGGGUAAACAGCCGCCGCACAUAGUAUUCAUCCUAGCUGACGACUUCGGCUGGAACGAUGUUGGAUACCACGGUUCAGAGAUCAAGACGCCGAAUCUGGACAAACUGUCGGCUAAAGGUGUCCGGCUGGAGAAUUACUACGUUCAACCUUUAUGUACACCUUCCAGGAACCAAUUUAUGACCGGGAGAUAUCAGAUCCACACAGGCAUGCAGCACCAGAUCAUCUGGCCGUGCCAGCCCUACUGUGUUCCUCUGGAUGAGAAGCUGCUGCCACAGCUGAUGAGAGAGGCAGGCUAUGCCACCCACAUGGUGGGAAAGUGGCACCUGGGCAUGUACCGCAAAGACUGCCUGCCAACACGCAGAGGGUUCGACUCCUAUUUCGGCUAUCUGACAGGCAGUGAGGACUACUUCAGUCACCAGCGCUGCAGUCAUGUCCCUCUCCUGAACGUGACCCGCUGUGCCCUGGACCUGAGAGAGGGGGAGGAGGUUGCUACGGGAUACACAGGGACCUACUCCACUCAGCUGUUUACUGACCGGGUUACCAGCAUCAUCGCUAAACACAACUCCAAAAAGCCCCUCUUCCUCUACGUGGCUCUUCAAGCGGUCCACGCCCCUCUCCAGGUUCCAGAGCGCUACGUCGCCCCCUACAGUUUCAUAAAGGACCCGAACCGCAGGCUGUAUGCUGGUAUGGUGUCCGCUAUGGACGAGGCUGUGGGCAACAUCACGCUGGCACUGCAGGAGACCGGCCUCUGGGACAACACUGUACUGGUCUUCUCUACAGAUAACGGGGGUCAGACUCUGGCAGGGGGUUCUAACUGGCCUCUGAGAGGCAGGAAGUGGUCACUGUGGGAGGGUGGGGUUAGGGGCGUUGGAUUCGUGACUAGCCCGCUGCUGAAACAACCUGGGACCGUCAGCCGCCAACUCAUACACAUCUCUGAUUGGCUGCCGACACUGGUGGGCCUGGCCGGGGGAUCGACCAAUGGGACGAAGCCACUGGACGGCUAUAAUGUGUGGAACGCUAUCAGUAAAGGUCACGCGUCACCCAGACUGGAGCUGCUACACAACAUUGACCCUCUCUACGUUGACAUCGCGCCAUGUCCAGGCAGUGCUUCCCAGGGGUUGCCUGUGUCUAAUGCUCCAGUGAGGGGUGGAGGCUCCACCUCCAACCUUUGGUCCUGGUCCAACUCAGGCUUCAACGUGUCUAUCCACGCUGCCAUCCGCAGCAUGCAGUGGAAGCUGCUGACUGGCUACCCAGGCUGUGACCGAUGGUUCACCCGUCCAGGCUUGGAGAACAGUUCUGGAACCAACAGUUCUGGUUCUGUUAAUCCUCUGAAGCCUGUGAUGCUGUUUGAUGUGGAGGCCGACCCAGAAGAAAGGGAUGAGGUGUCUGACCAACACCCCGACGUGGUGGACAACCUCCUCAGAAGACUAGGCCACUACCUGCAGAGGUCUCAGCCAAUCACCUUCCCCGAUGACGACCCCAGGUGUGACCCUGGCACUGGAGCCUGGGGGCCCUGGGAAUAGACACAAUGGUGGGGAUGAUGAUGACGAUGAAGGAGAAGUGUAAAGUGCCAGAUUCCAGCUAUGAAGAGACACAUGAAGAGUAUUCAAGAUUUCAAUGAUCACUUUUCCUCCG